AUGGACAUCAUUAGAUCAAGUACGUCGAACAAUAUCUGCGUUGUAGACGAGCGAUAUGUAGAAGUCGACCCUGCUCCAGAGGUUGACCGCACCACGAUUGUAUCUCUUGUUGCGAGCAUGGUGGUGUCUCUUGUUGCGCACGAGUGGUGUAGAGGACUGGAAACAGAAAUUGAAAAACUCAGAUCCAUGCAAGUCUAAGAGGAUCAUCGAUGAGCCGGUGCGUGAUCUUGUUUGCAUUUGCAAAUAGACGAAAUUCCGGUCCGAGUUGUAUGUUUUUGAAUUGGGCAGGGAUUUGUCACUGCCUGCGAUCUCACACAGGAUCAAGAACUCGCGAUCUCCAAUCGAUCCGCGACUCAAAC